CCCCAACAUGGGCCCUCCGGGCCCCUUCCAGUCGCAUCCGCGACACCCCAGCAUGGGCCCUCCGGGCCCUUUCCAGUCGCAUGCGCGACACCCCAACAUGGGCCCUCCGGGCCCCUUCCAGUCGCAUGCGCGACACCCCAGCAUGGGCCCUCCGGGCCCUUUCCAGUCGCAUCCACGACACCCCAGCAUGGGCCCUCCGGGCCCCUUCCAGUCGCAUCCGCGACACCCCAGCAUGGGCCCUCCGGGCCCCUUCCAGUCGCAUUCGCGACACCCCAGCAUGGUCGCAUCCGCAACCCCAGCAUAGGUCCUCCGGGCCCCUUCCAGUCGCAUCCACGACACCCCAGCAUGGGCCCUCCGGGCCCUUGUCAGUCGCAUCCGCGACCCCCCAACAUGGGCCCUCCGGGCCCCUUCCAGUCGCAUCCGCGACACCCCAGCAUGGGCCCUCCGGGCCCUUUCCAGUCGCAUGCGCGACACCCCAACAUGGGCCCUCCGGGCCCCUUCCAGUCGCAUCCGCGACACCCCAGCAUGGGCCCUCCGGGCCCUUUCCAGUCGCAUCCGCGACACCCCAGCAUGGGCCCUCCGGGCCCCUUCCAGUCGCAUGCGCGACACCCCAACAUGGGCCCUCCGGGCCCCUUCCAGUCGCAUCCACGACACCCCAGCAUGGGCCCUCCAGGCCUCUUCCAAUCGCAUCCGCAAGACCUUACUAACGUCAGCUCCACGACACCCCAGAGCUGGGCCCUCAGGCUUCACUUUGGUCGCAUCCGCGACACCUUAUCCGGGUCCUCCUGUAACAGCGUGGUCAUAUCCGCAGCACCCAAACCUGAGUGCCCGGCCUCACCAUGA